AUUAAAUUUUAUUGAGAAACAACUAUAUUUCAAAAACAAUGAACUCACUUUUGAUAUUUGCUGCUAUUAUCUCAACAACUUUGGCUCGACCUCAAGGCUUUUUGGGUGACAACGACGGUCGUGUUUCUGUAAUGCAAAGUAGCGCAGGUACUUACAAAUACACCGUCCACCUGAAAGAUUCUGUGCGAAACGAGGAAAGGUUUGCUGAUGGCUCCAUCUUGGGUGACUACACCAUUAUUGAUGCCAGUGGAGCAAGACGCACCGUCAAAUACGCCGCAGGUCGCGAUGGAUUCAAAAUUCUAGAAGGUAAUGCUGCGGUUCCAGUAGCACCCGUUUCUGUAUCACAAUAUGCACCUGUUUCUGUAUCACAAUUUGUGGAUGACACUGUUGUAAUUAAUGCUGCCCGUGGUGGAUUGAUUGUACCAGGUGAUGGAAGCUCACAAACUUUCGCACUAGCAGUAACUGCACCCCAGGUUCCAGAAUAUACUCCUGAAGUAUUAGCUGCUAGAGAAGAAUUUUUGGCUUUGCAUAGAGCUGCUGCUGCAAGGACUGCCUAA